ACUAAACAACUCCAAGGAGCCGCCGACAUAUUUUUUUUUAUUCUAAUGACUAUGGCGCAGCACCGGAUUUCCUUCAAAAUAAACAACAACACACCCCUUUACUACAGGGGUAUUUAGCACACUUGCCCAAGCUCACUGCAAUUCACCAACAGACAUCCCGUUUCCUGAAGAACCCCUCACUCUGUCUAAAGAACAGGAUGCCGGAUUUUUUCCUGCUCGUCUUGGGUUGCAGCUCAACAACUCUUGCUAUAACAAUUUUCAGGAAGCUAGGGAGAGGGGAAUUUUCCUCUACUUGGUUGGCUUCAGAUUCUGAAGCGGAGGAGAUGUUAAGAUACUGUGCCAUCAAAAUUCUGACCGUUCAUGAUACCAAAGCUCAUCAUGAUGUUCGUCUGCUCGAGCUGGAAGUCAUGCAAACUAACGCUGGACUGACCAUGACAUCCUUUCUGCCUCGCCUCCGUGACCACUUCGAGAUAAAUGGACCUCAACGGUCAACACCUCUGCCUUGUUCUCCCUGCUCUCUGUGAAAGCGUGAAUAGCUUAGAUGUUCGGCACCCUCGAAACUGCUCUACCCUCCAAAAGUUAAGAUUAUUGUUGCUGAAGUCUUGGAAGCCUUGACUCGGCUGCAUGCCGCAAAUAUCAUAUAUACAG